CUUUAAAAUUGACAUUGAAAUACACAACUUGUGUUCAUUUUGGAUAUAGUCAUUACACAAGGUUCGUCUUUUUUAUUUCAACAUGAGUUCUGAAAAAGCUCGCGCAAAUUCAAAAGUAGAGAGUCCAAGCCCUUUCACAGAAGGUGGGAAAUGUUUUGAUGAAGUACAGUUUAUAUUCGAUGAUCAGCAAAAUCUUGUUGUGUCUCAAAACUUUUUGAUAUUGGCAUCGCCGGUUUUCGAGGCUAUGUUCAAGAGUGAUUUCAAAGAAAAACAAACAAUGACAGUGCACCUAAAAGGAAAAAUAUAUGAAGACUUUUUGGAGUUUCUGAUGUGCAUUCACCCGGGAGGUAAAACCACGGUAACAACGUCUAAUGUCCUUCGUAUUUCCCCCAUUGCUGAAGAGUAUCAAGUUGCACGUGUCAUUCACAAAUGUACAAAAUGUAUGAAAACAUGGUUGAUCUAAAGACUGCAAAAGAAGAACACUCUAUUGAAGACCGCGUUUUACCAGCCAGAAAUUGCUUAAAAAUACUGGAAACAGCGGUAUUACUUAAUUAUGACGAGUUGAUAGCACAUGCUGUCCAAGUCAUUGCUAGAUUUGGACACAGGAUUUAUUACGAAUCUUAUCAACCAGAUACUUUAUCUAAAAGUACUUUGGAAGAAACAUUAUGUACUGAUGGGGAAAAUGUUACGGCCGCAGAUGUCAUAAAAGGAUGUAGAUAAUUGUUUAAAAGUCUUCCUGAACAUAUUAGAUGUGAAAUUCUGUAGCACAGACUGGCCUAUUAUCCGGACAAUAAUAUGAAAUAAAGUGACAACUUAUUACAACAGCUUGUUGUAAUAACUGUAUUCAAAUACUUUAUGUUCAAAUGUGAAGUCAGUCAACGUACGUAGUACAUAGACAAAAUUUUGUACAAAAUAUUUGACAACAGACUAUAGUGUAAUGAGUCUCAUGGUACUCUUUUCAAUGGAAACAACUUGAGAAAAAACUCUGAUGGAAAAAUAUCUUCAGCAGUUGUUAUUAUGCGUUCCCGGAUCUCCCUAUCAAACGUUGUUCGCUGUAUAUGUGAAAGACACUAGAGAUGACAGUCAUUUAAUGAGUAAAACUGCAAGGAAAUGGCGAUUUGUGUGUUACGAAAACCGAAAACAAAUAAAAACUCACAUGCCUAAACUCUCCCUGAUUAAAAUGUACAUACGUACUUCGACAGAAUAUAAGUAUCCUCUGCUACCCUUUAUUCAACUGUUGGUUUCCAACACGCUGUCAGUGCAAAACGAUUUAAAAAACUUUAAACUUAAAUUUCAAUGCAUGUUUAGAUAGUAACCUUUUCUUCGGAUAAUAAAGAAGAAUUUGAACCAUGAUAUAUGUACAUAUGUAUCAAGGUUAGGUGCGUAAUACUAUGUUCAUGUCAUAUUUGUUAACAGUAACUUAAAUAUCUUUGCACUGGAUUGUGUUUUUCAGAUAGAAAGUAAAGACAGCAUGUAUAUGUGCUCUCUUGUCUUUACUUACACGAAUUGAAUGUAAAAUGUAUGGCAAUAA